AUAUGAUGUUCAAACGCAAGGAAUGAAUUCCCAAGUUGAGGUAACUCAUUAGGGUGCAGAGUAUAUAAUAUGUAUAAUUAUAUGAAUAUAUAAUUACAAUAAAGUAUUAGACUCAAAUUACACCUGUAAAAUAAAUUGUAUUUUCUCGUUACAUCAUUAUAUAUCUCCUAAAAUGUACCUCAUGCAUUCCCUUCUAAAGGGACUUUGUUCCCUUCUUACUCAAAGCGCUCGCGCUUGUUAAAGAGUGGCGUGCUGUCAUAGCAACCAUGUUACGUUCCGUUUCCGUUUGUCCUACGAAGGCCGUCUCGUUUAAACGAGGCUUGUUUAAAGGAGGAGGCUCGGUAUACUGCAGCCUACAAAGGACGCGUCCUACCUAGCAUUCAGCCUUCCAAACGAGACACAGCCACUGUUUCUCUCGAGUAUCAGACACGUGUGAUGUCUUGCCUUUGUGUCGUCUCUGCAAAUAAAUUCCGGAAGUGACGCACCUUUGAAGGACGUUACGUCGAUAAAUUUUCCCGCGUUUUGGUAGUUGAGGAAAUAGUGCAGAGUUGCGGACACAAACAAGGAAUCUCAGGCUCCGACAUCAAACCGUUAACCACAACAUUAAAUCAAAACCUGUUUUUGUAAUCGUUCGCUGUGCUGUCAGUGAAAGCGUUCUUCAUCACAACAAAUCCAUCGAUAUGCCGCCAAAGAAGCGCAGCAGCGGAACACCACAGAUGAAGGAGUUAAAGGGGAACAUGAAGAGCGGUUCGCCGGACAGCAGCGACAACACAGUGCUGACCCCUGAGAGACACAAGGACAAGGAGUCUGCAUUUGUGUCUCUCUGUGAGGAGCUCCAGGUGACCAAUGCAACUUGUGAUCAUGCAUGGAGAAUUUGGGAGAAGGAGAUCAGGCCCAUGGACAAGGCAAAUAUGCUGUGUUCAAACAGGCAGCUGUGGGGAGCUUGUUUGUUUAUUGCAGGCAUAGAGCGUGAUGGCAUCAGUCUCACCUUCACUGAAUUCCAGAAAGUGGUUGGUCUGAGUGUGAAGCAGUUCAGCAGCCUUGUGAGGAAUAUGGAUGUAAAUGUGGACACAAUAAGCCCAAAAGUGGACAUUGCUGUGACAAGACUGGAAAAGAAAUAUGAUGUGACCAUGGCCCUUUACCAAAGAUUUGUCAAGACGUGUGAAAAGAUCUUUGCAGACCCUGACAAAGCUAAGAGUAAAGAGCUUUUGGAAAGCAGCUGGACCAUGUUCCUUUUGGCCAAAGGAAUGGUUCUGCAGAUGGAGGAUGACCUGGUGAUAGCUUUCCAGCUACUGCUGUGUGUGCUGGAGUUCUUCACUAAGCUCUGCAUGCCUUCUGUACUUCAGUCACCUUACAAGUCCGCUGUUAGUUCAUCAACCCUGAGUCCUCUGACCAGGACAUCCAGGCGUAAUCAGGGCAAAGCCAAACCUCGUCCCCCAGAGGUGAACAUGCAGUUACUGGAGACCCUUUGCAAGGAGGGCGACUGCAAUGUGGAUGAGGUGAGAAACGUGUACCAGACUACUUUCUGUGCAUUCCUGGACUCUGUGGGUUUGUCAGGACUCCAAGAGCUUCCUCCGAUGGAAACACUUUCCAAACAAUAUGAAGAACUGUACCACAAAAACAAGGACUUUGAUGCUAGGUUGUUCUUAGUUGAUGAUGAGACACUUUCACCAAGCAAAACAGAACUGACAAAGGUGGAAAUGACUCCAAGAAAGAAUCAAUGUGGUGAGGAUGUCAUAAUUCCAGUCCCACAGACACCAAUCAGAGCUGCAAUGAAUUCCAUACAGCAGCUCAGGGUUGAACUGAACUCCACAAGCGACCAGCCCUCAAGCCAUCUCCAAGUCUAUUUCAAGAACUGCACUGUUGACCCUUCAGAAGAGAUAACAAAGAGGGUUGAGGAGCUGAGUCAGGUCUUCAGCCAGAGGUUUGCACAGGCUGUGGGCCAGCAAUGUGAGGGGCUGGGCAGAAAGCGCUUUAAUCUUGGUGUCCAACUCUACUACAAAGUCAUGGAGUCUAUGCUUAAAUCGGAGGAAAAGAGAUUAUCUGUGCAGAACUUCAGUAAACUUCUCAACAAUGCAGCAUUUCAUACCUCUUUACUUGCAUGUGCCCUGGAAGUGGUUUUGUCAACUUAUGUUGGAAACACCCUAAAGAAUGGGGGCUUUGGCCGAGGCUGUGGAGCCAGUGAUUCCUUAGAAACUGAUCUGUCCUUCCCCUGGAUCUUGGAUGUCUUCCAGUUACAUGCUUUUGACUUCUACAAGGUGAUAGAGAGCUUCAUUAAAGCUGAGCCCACCCUGAAACAUGACAUGAUGAAGCACUUGGAGCACUGUGAACAUGUCAUCAUGGAAAGUCUUGCAUGGAGAGGGGACUCUCCACUGUUUGAACUUCUAAAACAGUCUCGUGAAGAAGGAACCGGUGAACAAGCAGAUCCCCCGGCAACACUGAACCAACCCCUGCAUCACAACCAUACAGCGGCUGACCUGUAUCUCUCUCCUGUACGGCCAAGUCGUCAACCCCCAAUGACAGAGACUGAGCCUCCCAUACCAGGCUGCAGACCACCCAGAUCAAACUCCCUGAGCCUCUUCUAUAAAAAAUUGUACAGGAUGGCCUACCUCCGGCUGAAAAUGCUUUUCUCUCAACUGCUGACCUCACACCCUGAGCUGGAACCAAUAAUAUGGACCUUGCUGCAGCACACACUCCAGAACGAGUAUGAAUUAAUGCGAGACAGACACUUGGACCAGUUGAUUAUGUCAGCCAUGUAUUCCAUAUGCAAGGUGAAGAACGUGGAUUUGCGCUUCAAAACUAUUGUGACUGCGUACAAAGAGCUGCCCAAUACUAAUCAGGAGACAUUUAAGCAUGUGUUGAUCCGGGAUGGUCAAUACGACUCCAUAAUUGUCUUCUACAACCUGGUCUUCAUGCAGAGGCUGAAGACUAACAUUCUUCAAUAUUCCUCUCCUCGGCCACCUCCUCUGUCUCCCAUCCCCCGUAUCCCCUGCAGCCCCUACAAAAACUCUCCUCUGCGAGUGCCCGGCAGCAAUAAUGUCUACGUCUCACCAUUGAAAACCCGGAUGUCUCCAGUGGUCAUGACCCCACGGAGCAGAAUUCUGAUAUCGAUUGGAGAGUCAUUUGGGUCAGCAGACAAAUUUCAAAAGAUCAAUCAAAUGGUGAGCAGCAGUGAUUGGUCCCUCAAGAGGAGUCUGGAAGGAGGCUCCACCCCCAAACCCCUGAAGAGAUUGCGCUUCGACAUGGAUGGGCAGGAUGAAGCUGAUGGAAGCAAAUCGAGUGGUGAAUCAACACUUAUUCAGAAGCUGGCAGAAAUGAGCUCAACUCGAACUCGGAUUCAGGAGGAAAAAUUGAAGGAGGAGUCUGUCAAAGAGCAUCCAGAGCCCUGAGUCAAGACACUGUGCGUCUUGAUAAAACCACUCCGCCAUCAAAAAGUGUUUUACGUUAUUACAUUUUAGACUAAUCUUACCUAUUUUAGCAGUGCACUGCAUUUACUGAAAUAGCAGAGGUGUUUUUCCUGUGUUACUUCAUUUUAAGUUGUUUCAAGUUUGAGGGUCCAUGAAGGAGCUUUUAUUCUUUAUUUUAUAUAGUAGUCAAUGUAUUUGAGAAAAUAAUGUGGAGGUACUCAGUGCCAACAUCACUACAAACACCUAAAAAUAAUUGGUAUAACAUGUCAUGAUAAUUUAUUAUUUUGGUUUUUGGUUGUCAUUGUCAUAUUUUUUUCCCUUCAUUGUAGAGCUGCCUACUUUAUUUUGCAGUCCUGGAAAUUGUGAUUUACUGUGUGUAAAAUCACAUUUGACAGUUUUAUUUUUUUUAUUUUUACUUGGUUCAGAAUCAUGUUUUGGGCAACAGCCUUUUGUAGAUCUGAAUCCUACUUAUGGACUUUUCUAAACCAUUUUUAUUAUUUUAUUCGGGUUGAUAUGAUUGAAUGGAUUAAAUUUUGAAAAUGUAUUGUGAUAGAAAUUGGCGGCAGUUUAAGCAUGAUUGGGUUUGAUGUUUUAGGGUUGUGAUUGAUGUGUGAGUGGAUGUGUGUUUGUCAACACCUGGUCUUUUAUUGACCUCUUCCUGGACAGAGUAGUCCAUUUUGUUAUGGAAUUUUAAGAUUUUUGAAGAUUAUGUUUUGAUUGUUUAUGCUUUGUAAUUUCUCAAAAAAAAAAUGAUGUUGUACCAUUUAAUGUUCUUUACAAAAGUUUAUGUAAUGCCUUGAAUGUUUAUCAAAUAACUUGUUUGGUAAAGCAAAAUGAAAUGUGUCCUGUUUUUAAAUAUAGAAGAUAUGACACCUGGAUAUGCAUCAUGUUUCCACAUGUAUCAUAUGUAGAUAAUGAUGUAUUACACCCUUUUUUUUGAUAACCUCUGUUUAGGCAUGUGUUGGCAGAUGCGUUCUUCCAUACUGGAAUGCAUUUUGCCAAGAAAUGAUAAGAUCCCCAAUCCCUUGUUUUGUGAAUCACAUUAAAGUUGCUCAAGUUCAAACAUGUAUCUGAAGAGCAGGCACCAUUCUUAGCAUUUUAAUUUUCUGUUCUUUUAAAUAGAUUUUCAUAGAUUCCAUAUUUUAUACUGGAUAUAUUUGGAGACGCAAAAAUGUUUUUCAAGUGCAUUCCCAAUCCUUAAAGGCAAAGUACACCCAAAAAUUACAAUUAUGCCAUAAUAUCUUCUGUGUAACACCAAAAGAGAUGUAGGCAGAAUGACCGCCUCAGUCACCAUUCACUUCCAUUGUAUGGGAUACGAUGCAAGUAAAUGCUGACUUGAACUAACAUACUGCCUAACUUCAAAGGGAGGUAGAGUGAACCGAAUUGCAUGUUUACAGAUUCAGGACACAUUCAGUUUAUAACAAGAUAACAAACACACAAUAUUAUUGAAAAAUUGCUUUAUGGAGUGUUUUAUUUUAUUUGGGGGUUCUCUGAGAAAUUUUUUUUUGCAGUUAGUCCAUAGUAUGUGUGAAUGAUGAGCUCUUAAAUUUCAGUGAAAAAUUGCAGAGUUUAAGGUGUUAAAGAAUAUUACAUUUGUACUGUUUUUAAAUUGUCACCCCACAUUUUUAUAUGAUUUAAAAUGGUUGUAAAUGGA